AGCUGUAGGCGUCAACUCCUUGCUCUGUUCUCUCUACAAGAAUUCCAUGGCUUUGAUUCCACUCUCCCUCCUCCUCCUCCUCGCUUGCUUCUCCACCUCUUCCUCCUCUUCGCUGUACGCCGACCACUGCAGCUCCGUCGUCCCCGAAUCCGAGGCUACCAGCCUCUUCGUCGACUCGGACUCUUCCUUCCGUAUAUCAAAUGGCAAUUUCUCCGGCGGCGGCGGCCUCUUCCGCUCGCCACGUGCCUCCAAUUCCUCCUCCUUCCCUUACUUCCACUUCUAUCCCAACUACCUCCACAAGACGCGGUCACCCGACGUCCUCCAGGUCGAGGGAACCCUAGUCCUUGGACACGGUCAUCCGACCGUCUUCCACGGCAUGACGUAUCACCGUAGGCGUCCUCUUCGGAACGUCACCUUGCAGGAAGAAGCCACCUUCGACUUCUCCGGUUUCUGGUCUGAAUCAACCGGCAAGCUUUGUAUGGUUGGUCACAGGAUCUUCUACAAGCCCUUAGGUGAUCCUCUUCAGCCUUCUGCUGUUUUGAAGCUCAAUUACCCCAAGACUUCCAACAUCUUUACCAGUCUGGUGAGCGGGACUGUCGAGAGCUUGGGCCCCCACCACAUCGAUCCCAUCUCGCUUGUAGCCUAUGCUCAGAAGGAGUAUGAUUUCACGAUGAUUCCCCAAGCCAACCACUCAUGCUCCUCUCUUCCAUUCCAGGAGGAAUCACUAAGUUUCGGGCGUACUUCAGUUUGUAGUAAUCUCCUCCAGUAUGUGACUGGUAGAACAUUUCAGCUAGACUACGACAGUGGCUGCACCGGUAGCAACUGUGGAACUCUAAGUGGUAGCUUUGGGUUCUCCGCUAGAUUCUUGUCCUUCGAUAUGAUACAGUGCUCGGAGAACGGCCGGCUGCAUCUCUACAUCGAAUUCCCCAAUUCCAGUUAUCUUUCAUAUGAUGUCCCAAUGGUGCCUAAGAAGUCCAUGGUGGGCGAAGGCUAUUGGGACCAUGUUAAGAAUCGUCUCUGUCUCAUAGCCUGUUACAUUCUUGAAGGGAGUUCACAGGCGAGUCCCUCUGUUGGUGAUUGCUCGAUCGGACUGAGCUUAUGGUUCCCAACUGUCAUGACGCUGAGAAGAAACGACGUGGUUGGUCAUAUGUGGAGUACCAAGAAGAAGAGCGACCCUGGCUACUUCAGCAUGGUCUCGUUCCACCGGUCGGGUGGGCGAAUGGUCACGAUUCCUGGGCUGAGAUAUAACUACACCCAAAUGGAUUCUGUCAGCAGGUCUUGCAAGGUGAGAAGUGGCAAAACACAGUCGAGCGAGGAAAGGUAUCCCGAUGGAAGAUCAUCCCACGACAUGCGGUUCAGUAUCGUGGUGAAGGAUGCCGGCGGCCGAAGUGGAUGGGGGGAAGCUAAUGUCUUUUCUAUAGGCGACGUGCUUUGUGGUGAUAAUGACUUCGUUAUGGCGUCGGAGACGGCAAGCUUCGUGCCUGCAGCUGACUGGGUCGCGAAGAAUCAAAGUGUUUGGAACGUAAGCUAUGCCAUAAGCUAUUAUAUGUACUCUGCUUCCGCUGAGGGGGGCGAACAGUUUGACAUUGCUGCUGAGGGGAUAUACGAUGCUGGAAGUGGAACACUCUGCAUGAAGGGAUGUCGAUCUCCGAGUUUGCCCACCAAAAACCAAACAGCAAUUGACUGUGAGAUCCUAAUCAAUAUCCAGUUUCCCCCUCUAAACUCGAAGAUGGGAGGUCGUAUCAAUGGCACCAUCAACACCACAAGGAGUAAGCAGGACCCUCUGUACUUUGACCCUAUAAAGUUGUAUUCUCAGCAAAUUUACGCAGCAGAAGUAACUGAAGCGAUUUGGAGGAUGGAUGUCGAAAUCGUCAUGGUCAUGAUCUCUCUCACGUUGUCGUGCAUUUGCAUUGGGUUGCAGACCUUCCAUGCCAAGAAGCACCGUGACGCCCUGCCUUCCAUGUCGAUCACCAUGCUCGGUGUUCUUAUCCUUGGCUAUGUGAUUCCUCUGGUGCUGAACUUUGAAGCCUUGUUCGCGAACCGCAGUCAGUCUGGCUUUCUAAGUCUGCGGAGCGGUGGGUGGCUCGACGUUCAUGAGGUCAUCGUGAGGAUCUUAUCCGGCUUAGCUCUGUUCCUCUCCUUCCACCUGCUUCAAAUGGCGUGGUCCGCGAGGUCAUUGGACGAGAACAAGGGGCACCGCGUCGCGGAGUGGACGACGCUCAAGCUGUGCUUGCCGCUCUACUUCGCCGGGGCGCUGCUCACUUGGCUCAUCAGCUCAAGGCACCACCUGCAAAGGUCGGAAUUCAGCAGGCAGCGACACGGUUCUCGCUGGGAGGAUUUGGUCCCUUAUGCUGGCUUAGUGCUCGACGGAUUUCUGCUCCCUCAGAUCGUUCUUAACGUCUGUCGGAACUCCAAAGAUAAGAUCCUGACGCCUUUCUUCUACGUCGGAAUCACGAUCACCCGAGCUUUGCCUCAUCUGUACGACGCUUAUCGCUCUCGCAGUUACAACCGUCGCAUUGAUUCAUCGUACAUCUACGCAAGUCCAGGCGGAGAUUUUUACUCGCUGGUGUGGGAUGUCAUCGUUCCUUGUGAAGGUUUGCUUUUUGCAGCGGCGAUAUACCUUCAGCAGCGAGUUGGUGGUUAUUGUCUUCUUCCCCAAAGAUUCAGAAAGCGUGUGGAGUACGAGGCAGUUCCAGUGGUUGCUCUUUAGCCCUUCCUGUGGAAGACCAGAUUGCAGCAAGUCCAUGAAAUGUAGUAGUAAGUCAAGUCUUGUGUUGGUCCUGUGGUAGCUUUCUUCAUGCGUCGACUUGCCCACCCCAUGAUCAAGUGUGAUGAAGACUGUUCUUCUUCCACAGAAAUAUAAAUAAGGGUUUCGUAGACUAAGAAGAUUUCA